AUGAAAAACCGAACAUUUACUGAGUUUAUUUUUUGGGGCCUCACAAAUCAACCUGAGGUCCAGGCACUGAUAUUCAUCUUUCUGUUUCUCACCUACAUGCUAAGUGUCCUAGGAAAUCUGACUAUCAUCAUUCUCACUCUAGUAGAUUCUCACCUCCAGACCCCCAUGUAUUUCUUCCUCCAGAAUUUCUCCUUCUUAGAAGUUUCCUUCACAUCCAUUUUUAUUCCCAGAUUUCUGACCAGCAUGACAACAGGAAAUAAAGCCAUCAGCUUUGCUGGAUGCUUAAUUCAAUAUUUUUUUGCUAUAUUUCUUGGAGCAACAGAGUUUUACCUCCUGGUUUCUAUGUCCUAUGACCGCUAUGUGGCCAUCUGCAAACCCCUGCAUUACCUGACCGUCAUGAACAGCAGAGUCUGCAUACAACUUGUGUUCUGCUCCUGGCUAGGGGGAUUCCUGGCUAUCUUUCCCCCAAUCAUCUUAAUGAGCCAGGUGGAUUUCUGUGCCUCCAAUGUUCUGAAUCACUAUUACUGUGACUAUGGGCCCCUCCUGGAGCUCGCCUGCUCAGACACAAGCCUCUUAGAACUGAUGGUCAUCUCCUUGGCAGUUGUGACUUUGGUGGUUACUCUGGUGCUGGUGACACUUUCUUAUACAUAUAUUAUCAGGACCAUUCUGAGGAUUCCUUCUGCUCAGCAAAGGGCAAAGGCUUUUUCCACUUGUUCCUCCCACAUGAUUGUCAUCUCGCUCUCUUAUGGCAGCUGCAUGUUUAUGUACAUUAAUCCUUCUGCAAAAGAAGGUGCUUUCAACAAAGGAAUAGCUGUGCUCAUUACUUCAAUUACUCCCUUGUUAAAUCCCUUCAUUUACACUCUAAGAAAUCAGCAAGUGAAACAAGCCUUCAAGGACACCAUCCAAAAGAUUGUAAAGCUUUAA